AUGGCAUCCAUUCCUCAGGCCACUCGGCAACUUCGAGCAUGUUUAGUAUGUUCCAUUGUAAAGAACGCAGAACAGUUUAAACGAGAAGGCUGUGACAAUUGCGAUCACUUUCUGCAACUUAAAAAUCAUCCAGAGAAGGUUUCGGAGUGCACUAGUUCCACUUUUGACGGGUACAUAUUAUUGGCCCAGUGGUUUUUCCUUAAACCUACCCUUUUACCUCUUCUCGAGUCGUGGGCAGCUCAAUACAAGAAGAUUGACCAAUACGUUACAGGAAUAUAUGCCGUAGGUGUGACUGGACGUAUUCCCGAGUGGGUGGAGGACGAAAUGUCCCGUCGCGACAUUCAAUAUAUUCCAAGAGAUGGGAGUUCAACACAUCCGAAUUAA